CCAGCCGCAGAAAUACAUUUCAACCACUCCCAUUGGACCGCUGUCUCACACACGAGGAGGGUCUUCAAGACGUGCAAAGGUUCACUUUGGGUUCAGGAUGAAGAUUGCUGUGAUUGGCCAGAGCCUUUUUGGACAGGAAGUGUAUAAAGAGCUGAGGAAGGAGGGCCACACUAUUGUUGGGGUGUUUACCAUACCUGACAAAGAUGGAAAGGCUGACCCACUGGGUGCUGAAGCAGAGAAAGAUGGCGUGGCGGUGUUCAAGUUUCCACGCUGGCGGGUAAAGGGCAAAGCCAUUGAUGAGGUGGUGGCACAGUAUAAGGCUGUGGGAGCUGAACUCAACGUUCUGCCCUUCUGUUCUCAAUUCAUUCCGAUGGAGGUGAUAGACCACCCACAGCAUGGCUCCAUCAUCUACCACCCCUCACUGCUACCCCGCCACAGAGGAGCCUCCGCCAUUAACUGGACUCUUAUCCAUGGCGACAAAAAAGGUGGGUUUACAGUGUUUUGGGCUGAUGACGGACUGGACACCGGGCCAAUUCUAUUGCAGAAAGAGUGUGAUGUAGAUCCUGAUGACACUGUGAAUACCAUCUAUAAGCGCUUCUUGUUUCCAGAGGGAAUCAAAGGAAUGGUGGAGGCAGUGCAGUUAAUUGCAAGUGGUAAAGCUCCUAAAAUUAACCAGCCUGAAGAAGGAGCCACAUAUGAGUGCAUUCAGAAAAAGGACAAUGCAAAGAUUGAUUGGAAUCAGCCUGCAAAAGCCAUUCAUAACUGGAUCAGAGGAAAUGAUAAAGUUCCUGGAGCCUGGGCAGAGAUUGAUGGAAAGAACGUGACCUUCUAUGGUUCAACAUUAGUGGAUAAUGGUUCAACAGCUAAAGGGCAACUGUUGGAGAUCCCUGGAGCGAGUCAGCCAGGUCUGGUCAGCAAGAACGGCCUGAUUCUGUUUGGCAACGAUGGCAAGGCGCUGCUGGUGAAGAACCUUCAGUUUGAUGAUGGGAAGAUGAUUGCAGCUGCUCAGUAUUUCAAGGCUGCAUCCAGCACUGCAGUGGAGCUCACGGAGGAGGAGAAGAGCUUUGCUGAGCAGAUGAGGGUGGUCUGGAAGAGCAUCUUGACUAAUGUUGAGACCAUUGAUGACUCCACUGACUUCUUUAAGUCUGGUGCUGCCUCUAUGGAUGUUGUCAGACUGGUAGAAGAGGUGAAGUUGAGGGCGAGUCAGCUGCAGCUGCAAAAUGAGGAUGUUUACAUGGCCACAACCUUUCAGGAGUUCAUCCAGAUGUGUGUGAGGAAGCUGAGAGGAGAGGAUGCUGAGGAAGAACUAGUUGUAGAUUAUGUGGAGAUGAAUAUCAACAACAUGACUAUCCGAAUGCCUCACCAACUCUUUAUAAAUGGAGAGUUUGUGGAUGCCGAAGGAGGAAAAACCUAUAAGGCCAUUAAUCCUACAACUGCACAGCCAAUCUGCGAUGUGUCACUAGCUCAGAUCUCAGAUGUGGAGAAAGCUGUGGCAGCCGCUAAAGAGGCAUUUGAGAAUGGCGAGUGGGGCAAAAUGAACCCCAGAGACAGGGGAAGACUCAUCUACAAAUUGGCAGAUCUGAUGGAACAGCAUCAGGAGGAGUUGGCCACAAUCGAGGCCAUAGACUCAGGAGCUGUUUAUACACUGGCCCUCAAAACCCAUGUUGGAAUGUCCAUUCAGACAUUCAGAUACUUUGCAGGCUGGUGUGACAAGAUCCAGGGCUGCACUAUUCCAAUCAAUCAAGCUCGGCCCAAUCGCAACCUCACCUUUACGAAGAAAGAGCCAAUUGGUGUGUGUGGUAUUGUGAUUCCUUGGAAUUAUCCUCUGAUGAUGCUAGCCUGGAAAACUGCAGCCUGUCUGGCAGCUGGAAACACUGUGGUACUGAAACCUGCACAGGUGACCCCACUGACUGCUGUGAAGUUUGCAGAAUUGACUGCAAGGGCAGGGUUCCCUAAAGGAGUUAUCAACAUCCUGCCUGGAUCAGGUGCUCUGGUUGGUCAACGUUUGUCAGACCACCCUGAUGUGCGCAAACUGGGCUUCACUGGUUCCACUGAGAUUGGCAAACAGAUCAUGAAGAGCUGUGCGAUCAGUAAUGUGAAGAAGGUCUCUCUGGAGCUGGGUGGUAAAUCCCCUCUGAUUAUAUUCAGUGACUGUGAACUGGACAAAGCAGUCAGAAUGGGGAUGAGUUCAGUGUUCUUCAAUAAGGGGGAGAACUGCAUUGCUGCAGGACGACUGUUUGUAGAAGAAUCCCUGCAUGACACGUUUGUCCAAAGAGUGGGUCGCAGGCAAGCUGGAGCCCAUCCCAGCUGACUAUGGGCAAGAGGCAGGGUACACCCUGGACAAGUCACCAAAUCAUCACAGGGCUGACACAUGGAGAUAUGCCACACCUACGAUCAAUUUUAGAGCCACCAAUUAACCUAACCACAUGUCUUUGGACUGUGGGGGGAAACCGGAACACCCAGAGGAAACCCAUGCAGACACAGGGAGAACAUACAAACUCCGUACAGAAAGGCCUUUGUCAGCUGCUGGGCUCAAACCCAGAACCUUCUUGCUGUGAGGCGACAGUGCUAACCACUACACCACCAUGCCACCCUCGGUUCAUUCAUGUGUUGCAAAUCCCCAAUGUCAAUUAUGUCGCAGGGCUAGGUGGGGGGGGUGUAAAAAUGCCGCUGGUACGCUUUAGCUAGGUGUUAAGUUUAGUGGUAUAAGCAGUCAGUUCUUCUUUUUAUUGAUCCUUUGAUCACCAUUCUCAAUAAUUGUUAGUGAUCAACACCUAACAAGACUUGCUUAAGCCUUUGUUUUAUGGUGUUCACAUGUAUUGUUAACUUGACUGCAGACUUGAUUACUUAUUGUUUGUCUCUGGUGGGAAGAGGAAUGCAUGGCUCAGUGUGUCCUAUAACCAGGUGAAUGUAAUUGCAGGAAGAGUGUUUGUUUACAAACAGGCAGGUAAACAGUUCAGGAAUGUAAGACAAAGGCAGGGUCAUGAAAUGGGCAAUGGUCAUAUAAGGCACAAACAGAAUGGAGGAGGCAAAGACGGAAAGGCAGAGUCCAAAUACACAAAGUCAAAACCAGAAAGGCAAUACACUGAUACAAGGCUUGGUAACAUGAGACACUAGGUAUAGUACAUAUACUUCACCAAGUCUGGGUGUUUAGAGAGUCCUUAUAAGUGCACACUGUGAUUGCGCUCAAAUCCGGAACAGGUGCAUAGUACUGUAAUUAGUCCUAAUGGCGCUUGGAGCACGGACGUGUGUGUGUGUGUUUUGCUGGGUUUUUGUUUGUUUGUUUUUGGUUUUUAAAUUGACCACAUAGUUCAUAGUUUUGAUGUUUUCAGUAUCAUUCCACAAUGUAGAAAAUAGUCAAAAUACAGAAAAACCUAUGAAUUACAAGGUGUGUCCAAUCUGUACUGUGUAUGUGUGCAUAAUAUUAUUUCAUACACCAUGUAUACUUUCGUCUAAGUGUCCAGAGUGUUCGCUAAGGUAGGCUCAUGGUUUAUCACGUAUUGACUUGGUACAAACUCUGUUUACCCCAAAAGUGAAAAGAGAGAAAACUCCCUUUUAAACAUUUCAUUCAGGAGCAACACAAAACAUUUUAGCACCCAGUAUUGGAUUACAAACUGAAUGGAUUAGGUAUCUCAUCUCAUCUCAUCUCAUUAUCUCUAGCCGCUUUAUCCUUCUACAGGGUCGCAGGCAAGC